AUGCCACUCCAAAUUGGCCUCGACGAGGGAUCGGACAGUGGUGUGGAAGUCGAGGACGACGACCUUCUCUACAACGACGGAGGGAGUUCAUUCGUCAACAGCUCUGGGCUCAGCUCAACCCCAUCGAUUGCCUCCAGCAUUAGGAAUUAUCAAUAUGAACCCAACGAUGAGCAAGAGCAAUCGCGACUCGAGCUUCAUCACCACAUUCACCGAUUGAAACUCGGCGGACACCUCUACCGGUCGCCUAUUCGCCAAAAUGUCUCCACGAUAUUAGACCUGGGAACGGGCACCGGGGUCUGGGCAAUUGAAAUGGCAGAGGUGCCCCCAAACCUACACUUCGAGGUCGACGAUUUUGAAGCCGACUGGAGUCAUGAUACUCAGUUCGACUUUAUACACGCGCGCGACCUUCAGGGGUCUGUCUCGAAUUACGACCGGCUCGUUAUCCAGGCAUACGAUCAGCUCAACCCAGGCGGAUGGUUUGAGUUUGCCGAGGUUGACCUGAUCGUGUGUGGUGACGACGAUACUAUCCAGCAAGCAAAGAGCCUCAAAGAGUGUACGCGGCUUGUUAAGGAGGCUAGUGCCCGCAUGGGCAGGUUAAUGGGGACGGCUACAGAGCAUAUUCAACGCCUCUCAAAUGCAGGUUUUGUCAACAUCAGAGAGGACGUCUACAAGAUGCCCAUGUCACCCUGGCCCAAGGACCCGAAGUUGAAAGAACUCGGUAGGUACUACCAGGUCAACAUGCUGGAGUCGCUGGACGCUUAUAGCUUGGCGUUGUUAACGCGGGUGCUGCAUUGGCCUGUCGAGGAGGUGCGUGUGCUGCUGAAUGGGGCCCGAUCGGAGCUUUUGGAUAGGAGAAUUCAUACGUAUGCGAACUGGUUCCAUGUUUAUGGCCAGAAGCCUAGGAAUCCUUGA